AUGGGAGCCGAAACUCGGCAGAUGUCCACCAGGAAGCCGGCAUGCAACUUGAAGCUAGUGAUCGAGGAAACGCCGCCUCGUCUAACAGGCGCUGUGAUGACGGCGAAUUUUCUCCUGGCGUGUGAGGACGAGGUCGUGCCAAUUAGCGGCAAAUCUGCACAAAUACGUGCAACCUCAAUGCACCCUACCUCACGAGCCCUCGGUUGGCGUUCGGCAGGGAUGGAUGACGAAAAGCCCUGUUUUCGUCUUUACCGAUCCUUUCUCUGCUGGACACAUGCUGUUCAGCCCGGCGGCGAGCUGGGUCUUUCCAGCUGUGAGUUCGUUCAACCGAGUGACCGAGUGCCGGCCUCCCUGUUGACCGCUAGUGACGGCAUGGCUCAACGGCGAUGGACUGGAAAAUGUCACUUCGACCGACACACGGACGGCCAUCGUUUCGUUUUCCACGACGACGACGACAACGCAUCCACACGGUCCUACGCCACCCCUGGCAAUUCGAGCGGUGGCAAAGCCGGUAUGUCGUUAGAUGGCGGCAAUACCAUGAGGGAUAGGUGGAAAAUUUCGCUGGAUACCUCGCCAUGGUCCUAA